AUGCCUGCCUCCACCCGUCUCACCCCCAUCCGUCUCCAGACCAUCAACCACCUGCGCGUCCGGAGACCCAACAAGAACGAGCCCAACGGCUGUGUCAAUGUGAUGUCCGCGAUGCUGAGUUGCUGGGCUUCGGCCGGUGGUUCCAUCGAAGGGUGCGCGGCUCUGGAACAGCAAUUGAGACAGUGCAUGGAUGCUCCUAGACCCAAGCGCCAGGGACGCAGCACCAUCAACUACCACCUCAUGAGAAUGUUCCCCAACGUCCGUGGACCGCAGAAGAAGGAUGGUGUUUUGGGUUAG